AUGAGCCGAGCCAGUAUUGAGCAAGCCCUUACGGGCCUGAUUCCUACGCUGAGUGGACCACUUCCACCUGAGCUGGUAGAGUUGGCGCUUUCCCUGCUCACGCGCUCGCGAAGUGUUGCGACAUCCAUGAAGCCAGACGAAGAGAUCGCACGACCAUACGCAUGCGCGCAAUUAGCAUGUGAGAGGCUGAAGAAGCGUCUCAAUCUCCCUACCAUAGCAUCACGUCCGCCCUGCCCCCCACGCAUAUAUAAAAAACUAUACAACUACCUCAGUAGCGCACUCCCCGACAGCACGACAACCCGCGAACCAACAACGCCACGUAAAGCGACAGCAUCUGCCCCAGCAUCAGCACGCAACACGCCGAAAACACCGUUGAGCGCGAGGAAGACACCAGGGAGGGUUGAGAGCAAUGGCGAGGCGCCAGAAUGGGUCAUGCCUACUAUACGCGCCCUAGCAAAGAAUUUUGACUACACCAGUUUAAUACCACACGUAUAUACCGGAGUGGAAUCCAUCUUUCCCCUGCUAUCCCGCAUGUCCGCCGCCGCCGCCGCCGCCGAAACACCCAGCAAGCGACCCAAACGAGCCACAACCUUUUCCUCGGGAGACGUCAGCGAUACGCGCACACUCAGUCUCAUCGUCGUGGUGUUUCUGCUCGUCUACUCACGCAUGAAAGACAUCGACGUCUCAAUACAACAAUACAAUGAAUGGUUGGCAAAAGCAGUGAAAGCAGUCUUGGAACCUCCUGCUGCCAAAGAUGUUACAGACGGGGAACUUCAAAUCAAGAUAGAAGAGACGAUGAAGAUGGCAAAGGAAGAGGGAUGGCUGCAGAUGCAGUGGUUUGAUAGCGUUAAGCCUCAGAGUGAUGGGGACGAGAUGGAAGGUGUGGAGUUGAGCGAUGGCGCGGCAGCCCAGGGCAAGGGCAUGGGACUGAGGGCUGGUGGGAGUGAUUAUAUUGGCUUAGGGACUAUGAUGCAGGAUGCGACUGAUUAUCUUGGUGAGCGUCAACAGGAGGAUUAUACGAGGUGGAAAGCCAACAUUUUGGCAAGAGUACAGGAACUUGAUACGGCAACAUAG